CACAGCACAGUGCCUUUGCAAACCAUGGCACUUUUGAGGAGAUGUAUAAGCAAAGGCCAAUAUGCUCCUAGCUUUGAGACAACCUGGAUUAAUUCCUCCAGUGACGCGGCAUGAAAGCCACAGGGCAUCUGGGGGAAUGGGCCCUCUGCACAUGCUCAGAGGCGCUGCUUCUGCCAGAGAGGGAUCGCUAGGCAGGUCUGUCCCUGCGGCUCCGAGCUCCGCCUCCGCGCCUCGGAAGCCCACGUCGCGCAAGAGGAAAGAGGAGGAAAAGGAAGCCAAGGCCGGCCUUGGAGGAGCCAUGAACGCCAGCCGCAGCGAGAGCGACUGGCAAGGGCUGGUGAGCGAGUAUCUGGUUUGCAAAAGGAAGCUAGAAAGUAAGAAAGAAGCACUGCUCAUCCUUUCCAAGGAAUUGGACACAUGUCAACAGGAAAGAGAUCAGUACAAGCUCAUGGCAAACCAACUACGGGAAAAGCACCAAUCGCUGAAAAAGAAAUACCGUGAACUGAUUGAUGGAGAUCCAUCUAUUCCCCCAGAGAAAAGAAAACAGGCUAAUCUUGCCCAACUCUUGAGUGACACUCGGGAUCGAAAUAAGCAUCUGGGAGAAGAAAUCAAAGAACUUCAACAGAGGUUGGGAGAAGUACAAGGGGACAACAAGCUUCUUAGAAUGACAAUAGCGAAACAAAGACUUGGAGAUGAGGAAGUGGGUGCACGGCAUUUUGCACCGCACGAAAGAGAAGAUCUUGUCCAGCAGUUGGAGAAAGCACAUGAACAAAUUGAAGCUUUGCAACAUGAUCUUCAAGCUACAUUGGACGAGCUGCAGGACGUAAAAGGGGAACGUUCUUUUUACCAAGAUAAAUCCGACAGACUAAACCAGGAGCUCAACCACGUUCUUGGAGGACAUGUAAACCGCAUAAUUGAUGUUGAUGCUCUUUGUAUGGAGAACAGAUACCUUCAUGAGCGAUUAAAACAAAUUCAAGAAGAGGUCAAUAUUCUCAAAUCAAACAUUGCAAAGUACAAGAAUGCUCUAGAGAGGAGGAAAAAUUCCAAGACUAAUAAUAAGUCAAAUAGCAGUGCGCUAACGGGUGUCCUCUCUGCAAAACAAGUACAAGAGCUGCUUUCAGAGGAUCAUGGCUGCAGUUUACCAGCCACGCCACAGUCCAUUUCAGACCUCAAAUCUUUGGCUACUGCUUUACUAGAAACAAUCCAUGAAAAAAAUAUGGUAAUUCAACAUCAGAGGCAAACCAACAAAAUCCUAGGCAACCGUGUAGCAGAGCUGGAGAAAAAGUUGAGAACAUUAGAAGUCUCUGGUUUGUGGAGUCUCCCAGGCCUGAGCUACAAUGUCUCAGUGGGAUUUGGGAGUGGCAAAGAUACCAUAACAUUCAGUGAUCCUACCCUUCCCAUUAUCCAGAGAUCUCAGUCACCAUUGCUAACUGUUACUGAGAAGUCUCAACAGAAGAAAGAAGGACAUCACACAAGAGAACUGGAGGACUUCUGUACUACUGAAACAAAACAAACAUUUCUGGAGGAAGCGGUUGCAGUUUCUGAGGAUUCCCAAACAAACCCAAACAACAGUAACAAAGACAAUCAUUUUCAUCCACCAUUACCGCAAUUUCCUUCAGAGGACGAUGAUGUAAAUGGGUUUGGGAAUGAAAUCAUUGAGUUGACAGAAGAACAGGCAGCUGCAGAACAAAAAGGGAGCAGAGAAGAAUGUCUCACAGAGAGCCAGACAGCAAGUCAGCCAGAGCUCAGCAGCUUCUCUGAAGGUGAAUCUCCUUCAUCCAGUCCUCCUCCCUAUGACUCCACAGAACCAUCCAACCUGGAGAAUGAACAUACACAUGAGAACCAACCUGAGGCAGAAGAAGCAGAAGACUUGGAAACUGUCACUGAAAACAUUGAUGACAAAAAGGAUGAAAAUGAUGGCACAAGGUCCAUUGACAAUGAUGAAAAAAUCACUCCUGUGGUUCCAGACUUAAGUAACACCCCAGACGAUAGCUCUGAAGCACUGGAACUAAGUGACAGUCCUCUUGCUCUGGAUUCACUGUGAUUGUUUUAACCAUCAAGGAACUUUUUCUCAAGCUUCAAACUUUUCCCAUCAAAUUUUUGUUUUGUUUUUUAAAUAUAUAUAUACCAAUGAAAAUGUUUGCCCCGCCAACUCUGGUAUAUAUAUAAAAAACGAGCUGAUCCUAGAUAAAAAUUUGAAAGGAGCAGAAUGAUCAUGAUGGCUUUCAGAGUUCUUCCCUCUGCUAUUUGCUGUGAUUAACAUUACUCGAUAGAGUGACAUAAUUGAGAGUAAUGGGACCCGACACCCCAUCAUUAUGCUUUAUCAUGUCAGUUAUAUCUCUGUCUCUUUAGUAUGUGUAUUUUUGGCAUAGUGCCUGCUUGAGUGCAUCUUGAGAGGCUGAAAUGUCAGGAACAGGGGAGGAGUGGUAAGUCUGAUUAAGCAGAUUGAAUCAGCAACAAUAAUAUAUAAAGAUGCCAGUGAGCUAUUUUGCUUGUUUCUCAUUGGUUUGGGGUUUUUUGAUAGCAGAGUGGGCUUAACACUAAAUAAUAAAUGGCCUCAGCUGUAGCUGGUUGUUCUGUA